AUGGUUAAGGCAGGAUUUGAGGCUACGCCGUCAAAUUAUAGUCUUAGUUAUAAUAAUAAUUGCAGUUAUAAUGAUUUAUCUGAUAACAAUAACUAUAAAGAAUAUAUAAAAAUACUAGUUAUUAAAUUAUCUAACCUUAAAUCUAAUUAUAAUAUGUUGGUUGAGGUUGCUAAAGUAGUAGGUGGAACUGUUAAGAUUACCGGUAAAAAGGCGGAUGUUAUUUGAGUUGUAAAUAAAAAGGAAGAAAUUAUUGAAAUAAUAAAAAUUUUUGAUACUUAUCCUCCUUUAACUUCAAAAAAAAUCUGUCAACUUGCAUUCUUAAAAACAUGUUUAACUGAAACUUCGGUAGAAAAAUACUUAUCCA